AUGAUCUCUCGUUAUGUUUUAUUUCGCUUCAUUGAUAUAUCGCCAGGUACUUCCUUGGAAGGUGAUUUAAGGGAUAAACUGAAUGGCAAGAAGGCUGGUAAAUUAACAAAAUGUAAUGUGAAUGUUGGUGGAAAAGCUCAAGUUGGUGAUUGCGCUGAUCAACAAGCUUUGGUCGAAAAUUCGGUGUUACGAGCAGAGGUGGAGUGUAAUUCUGUCUGGUGUGUUUCAAAAUCUUGGGUUGCUUUAAUCUCUACCCUGAAUUUAUCGAGACUGUGGUUUGAUCAUUUUGGGAGCACUAUUAAGAACUAUUCCCUUAGUUCUUUACUUUACGACUAUGUUAGUGAGGCAUUCGACUUGGAUUAUCCUAUGGAAAGAGACCGAACACGUCUUGAGGUUGUCGGUUCUGUCGGUGGAUUGAAGUUCAAGAAAUUGCCUACAGCUACAUUGAUGUCGUUUACAUCGAUGUCAGAUUGUGUAUCAAAACCUUAUGCAUACAUGUAUGAUUUUGGGUAUGAUGAGCUUCAUGAUGAUUAUAAGAGAAGUACCGAUGCUAUUCAUAGAGGGGUGAUGUCGAAUAAGCUGGGUGAUGAGCCAAGUAUGCUUUUGAAUGGGAAGCUUCAUUGGCGUAGUAGUUGGGACAUCAUAUCUGUUGAUCUGGUUGACGGAAAAUGGGGAAAGAUGGAGCAACCCUGCUAUGCAAAGGGAGAUUUUAAUUCUAAGUUUGGAAUUUUGGGAAGCGAUCUUUCUAUGUAG